GUGAAAGUAACGGUCGCUACUACAAACAUGCUGGACCUGCCGCUGGACUCGAGACUGAACACACCGGCGCAGCCGCCAGCCCAUACACAAGCACACACACUGGCGGGCCUGGCCCACCGGGGCCGGCCGAAAAUGCCACCGCUGGGGUCGUACUCAACAUCCGCCCUCGUGACCACCACGACCCCCAACAAACCAAAACUGCGCAAGUCGGGCACAGGCCCAUGGACCCAUGGUCGGUCGCUAAGUCACACCAAGUUGCCCUUGAAGGGCGGCGGCGGCGGUGGCGGCUACACUGCGUCCGGAGCGUCGAUGUCCCCGUCACCCAUGACCCCAGCCACCAGUGCGGGAGGAGGAGGAGGUCUGUUUGUCGCGGCGCGGCCACAUUUGGGGCGGUCCAAGUCGACGGACGGAUUGGUUAAAACAAGAAACAACGCGUUGAAGCGGAGCAACCGGUCGUUGACCAAGUUGGCGGGCUUGCAGCCGUUGACCAAGACGACGCUGAACCAGCUGCUCAAGCUGAACAAGAGCAGAGAGCUGUUGAAGGGCAUGGCGGUGGUUGGGUUGAAACGCAGUGGCAAAAAGGAGCGCGCGAUUUUGCGGUUGAAUGACGAGGAUGAUGAUGAAGAGUAUGAGGAUGUAGAAGGUCCAGAUGUGGUUGUACAACCGUUUGAGACUGGUAUGAUAGAGCUGGUCCCAGUAGAAUUGGCUACACUAGACCUGGCCCCAGUAGACCUGGUCCCAGUAGACCUGGUCCCAGUAGACCUGGUCUCAGUAGAACUGGCCCCCUUGGAGCUGGCCCAAGGGUCGGAACUUUCCGGCGCGGGGUCGGAUUUGGCCGCCACCACCCAUCCUGCCAAUUCCUCUACCACCACACUGUACCAACCAGGAUUCAAUUCUGAAAGGAUGACAACUGAACGGCUGUUGUCUGGGUCUGUAGGAGAACCCGUAGGUGGCAAUAACAUAGACCCUGUCCCUGGACCGGGUACUGCAUCUGGUCUGGGACAUGGACCCUCCUCCACUAGCACUGCUGCCCCUGCAGUGGUUCCCACCACUUCCAUGGACUCGGACUCUCUGGUGGUCCCCUUUGAAGGCGACGCCGGCGAGGGCGACGCCACUGGCGCGGGGUAUGCCUACGGAGGCUCCUUGCUCCUUUCCCAGUCAACAGGAGUCACCAAGAAAUUCAACAACAACAACAAUGGCACCACCACCGGCAAUGCCGGCCAGCCGACCCUCCAGCCGCAAGACGCGUUCAACUCACGGUCGAUCUCGGGCAUUCUGUUCCGGGCAAACCCCAUGGACGACGCCAAGGGUGGUGGUGGUGCUGGCGUCCCUGGCGCCACUGGCUCGGGCUCUGACGACCUGAACUCCUACCAGCCGGGCCAAACCAUCUACAAUAACCUCCGAGGGGGUGGUGACAACGGCAGUUCGUUGAACGAAGCUGGGGCUAGGGACAGAGCCAGAGCCAGAGCCAGAGACGAGUCCGACGCGUUGGAGGACUCGGCCACUGCUGCCGCGGCUGCAGCCGCUGCCGCCGCCGCCGUCGACCCUUCAAUGGCCACGUUCCAGGACUUCCUCAAGCACAGCAACAAGAACUCCCAUGGCAACGGACAUUCCUCCUCGACGUCCCAUACCUCACAUCGUGGCGGCGCCCACGCGUCAGACCAUGGCUCGGGAAUGCGGCCUGGAUCUGGAUCUGGUCCUGGCACAGGCUUGGGCUCGGGCACUGGCGGCUUUGCCCUGGGGUCGGGCUCGGGUUCCGGCUCCGGCUCGGCCUCUGCCUCUGCGUCCGCGUCCGCCCAUGACAACAGAACGCAACAGAGACUCUGGCUCCAGCGUGAGAACUCAUUGAUGGACGUCCCCGGCUUGGACCCAACCCAUCUCGGCAACUUCUCCAAUCUCCUGCUCAGCAACUUGAUGUUUGACGAGCUGCUGGGCGGGGCCCCCAGCGGCAGCGCCUCUGCCAUCGGCUCGGGCAUGUCCUCCUCAAGACAACACCAGCCACAGCUCCACCCGCAGUUCCAGCUCCUGCAAGUGCAGGCCCUGCCUCCACGCCUAAACGGUGCUGGAGCCGGUGGUGCUGGCGGCUCUCUGGCAACCGCCUUGAUGAAUGGGUCCGGUCUGGGAGGUGCGCUCUCACUGGCCACCUCGGAGUCCUCACUCAAUGGGCUCCUCCUCAACGUCCAGAGCUCCAACUCCAUCCAAUCGCGGACAGAGUUCGAGCGCCUUAACCGGGAGUACCUCAAUGUGCGACGGAACCUCAACCCGGUGGCCCAGCUGCUUUCACGGACUCGUGAGUACACACAGCUGCAACAACUCACGGUGGCAAAAAAGAAGAAGGAUGCCGGGCCAGCUACUGCCGACCGUCGGACUUCCUCCCAGAGAACUACCGCUGGCACUGCCACCGGUUCUGGUGGUCCAUCUUCCACCUCGAGCUCCUCCCCGGCCACCCUCGCAUCCUCGCCAACCUCGACCACGCCCGUGGCAGACCGCCUGACCAACUCCUUCGACGAGUUCUCACCCGAGUACCACGCCAAGGACCAGGACAUCACCGCGUUGGUGAACAAGCUCUGGCAGAAGGCGUUGAUCUCACUGACCAGCAGUCUAGGGAACGUCACCACCCCGCUCCGCAUCUCCACCCAGCAGCAACGCCCCACCAACCAACGGCUCCAGUCGUACACCCAGGCCACCGGCUACACCAACAUGCGGUCUCCCCAGACCCCGACCACGCGUGCCGUCAAGCUCGCAGCCGCGUCGCAACAGAACUUCAAAAAGAACGACCACACUCUGGUCAACAUAGCAUAA